UGGAAUGGCUCGUGUUUACAUGGAGACGAUGAUACAGAGAUGCGUCACCUUCUCUCAAAUCAAACAACUCCAAUCUCAUUUCCUCACCGCCGGCCAUUUUCAAUCUUCCUUCCUCCGUUCUCGUCUUCUCGAACGCUGCGCAGUUUCACCGUUCGGAGACCUUUCAUUCGCCGUAAAAAUCUUCCGUCACAUCCCUAAGCCUUUAACCAACGAUUGGAACGCCGUCAUCCGCGGAUUCGCCGCUAGUCCUCAGCCGUCGCUCGCGUUUUCAUGGUAUCGUUCCAUGUUGCGGCAAACUUCACCGUCGGCUAUAUGUAGAGUCGAUGCUUUGACUUGUUCCUUCACUCUUAAAGCUUGUGCGCGUGCGCUUUGUUCUUCCGCUACUGUUCAACUUCAUUGUCAGAUUAGUCGUAAUGGGUUUUCCGAUGACGCGCGUCUCGGUACUACGUUGCUUGAUGCUUACUCGAAAAAUGGAGAUUUGGUUAGUGCGCACAAGUUGUUCGACGAAAUGCCUUUGAGAGACAUCGCAUCGUGGAAUGCGUUGAUCUCGGGGUUAGCCUCGGGGAAUAGAGCGAGUGAGGCGUUGGAGCUGUAUAAACGAAUGGAAAUGGAAAGAAUCAGAAGAAAUGAAAUAACUGUUGUUGCUGCUUUGGGAGCUUGUUCUCACUUGGGUGCUGUUAAGGAAGGUGAAAAGAUCUAUGGUUACUUUAAAGAUGCAAACUUGGAUCAUAACGUGAUUGUUAGCAACGCGGCUAUUGAUAUGUAUUCGAAAUGUGGGCUUGUUGAUAAAGCUUUUGCAGUGUUUGAUCAGAUUACGGGUAAGAAGAGCGUUGUUACAUGGAACACUAUGAUCAUGGGGUUUGCAGUACACGGAGAAGCGCAUAGAGCGCUAGAGGUUUUUGAGAAAUUGGAGGUUAAUGGUAUCAAGCCUGAUGAUGUCUCAUACUUAGCUGCUUUAACUGCUUGUAGACACGCAGGAUUAGUGGAUUACGGGACAUUAGUGUUCAACAACAUGGCUCGUAACGGGGUGGAGCCUAACAUGAAGCAUUACGGUUGUGUGGUUGAUCUGUUAGGUCGUGCAGGAAAGCUGAGAGAAGCUCACGACAUCAUAUGCUCGAUGUCGAUGGUUCCGGAUCCUGUUUUGUGGCAGAGCCUCCUUGGAGCUUCAGAGAUUCACAAUAAUGUUGAAAUGGCUGAGAUAGCUUCUAGGAAAGUGAAUGAGAUGGGUGUUAACGACGACGGGGAUUUUGUGUUGCUAUCAAACGUUUAUGCAGCGCAGGGACGGUGGAAGGACGUUGGACGAGUGAGAGAUGAUAUGGAGACCAAACAAGUGAAGAAAAUUCCCGGUCUUAGCUACAUAGAAGCCAAAGGAACGAUUCAUAAAUUCUACAAUGGUGACAAGAUCCAUGAACAGUGGAGAGAUAUUUAUGAGAAGAUCGAUGAGAUCAGGUUCAAGAUAAGGGAGGAGGGUUACGUGGCACAGACGGGACUCGUGUUGCACGACAUUGGAGAGGAAGAGAAAGAGAACGCUUUGUGCUAUCACAGCGAGAAAUUGGCGGUGGCCUACGGACUGAUGAUGAUGGAUGGUGCGGAAGAGGAGUGUCCGGUGAGAGUUAUAAAGAACCUGAGAAUUUGUGGGGACUGUCACGUUGUUUUCAAACAUAUUUCAAAGAUUUAUAACAGAGAGAUCAUUGUUAGGGAUCGAGUUCGAUUUCAUCGGUUCAAAGAUGGUUCAUGCUCUUGCAAAGAUUAUUGGUGACGUUACAAAGUUAAAG